AUGGAUGAUGAUGAGGAUAGAAUCAUUCAAGAUCAUGGCCUGGAAAAUGAGCAGGAGGAUGUUUCAAUGGAAAUAUCUUUUAUUGACUUGGUCAGUGAUGAUGAUGAUGAUGAUGAUGUAAUAUAUUUAACCAGAGACACACGGGAUCAAGAAUAUGAAGAUGAUGAAGAUGAAGAUGAUGUUGAUGAUGGUGAUCAGGAUGCUUUAAUGGAUAUUCCUGUCAUUGACUUGGUUAGUGAUGAUGAUGAUGAUGAUGCAGACACCGUCAUUUUAGAACCAGAGGAGCUGGUUCGGAGGGUCGAGGAUGCAGAUUUCUACAAUUGCUCCUAUACGCCAAGUGAGAGGUCCAGAAGGGGACGAAUUUGUCGUGACCCAAUGUGGUCACAAGAUUAUUUGUUUUAUUAA